GUCACAUUAUACAGAAAGAUGCCUUUAAAAGCCUUGUCCAGACUAUGGGGUCAGAUAAAUGAGCUAAAUCUUCCAGUUUUUUUAAGAAAGCCUGUAAUUGGCUUGUAUAUAUGGAUGUUUGGUUGUAAAUUAGAUGAAGCAGUUGAAGAAGAUUUGAAAGCCUACAGAAAUUUAAGUGAAUUUUUUCGACGACAGUUAAAACCACAUGUCCGUCCUGUUGAUCUUGAUCAUCAUAUUACUAGUCCUGCUGAUGGUAAAGUGUUACAUUAUGGGAAAGUGGAAUCAGGUGUUUUAGAACAGGUUAAAGGGAUCACCUAUUCUUUAAAGGGUUUUCUUGGUUCCAAUUGUACCUUAUCUGACGAUGACUUCCAGAAAAAGUUGUUAAAAAAUCCUGCCAAUGAACUAUAUCAUUGUGUUAUAUAUCUCUCUCCUGGAGAUUAUCACAGAUUCCAUUCACCAACUCUCUGGACGAUGAACUACAGACGCCAUUUUCCAGGCGAAUUACUGAGUGUGAGUCCGGGUGUAGCCAGAUGGGUGCAAGGUUUAUUUAAUUUCAAUGAACGGGUGGUAUAUACGGGUGAUUGGGAACAUGGUUUUUUCUCCAUGACAGCUGUAGGAGCAACAAAUGUGGGAUCAAUAAAAAUAUACUGUGAUAAAGAUUUAACUACAAAUUCCAGUUUAAAACAUCCCGAGGGUAGUUUUUAUGACAAAGAAUUUAAACAAGCCAUUGAAGUCCAGAAAGGUGAAAUGUUUGGAGAAUUUAACCUUGGUUCUACCAUUGUUUUAGUAUUUGAAGGUCCAAAAGAUUUUGAAUUCAAAGUAGACAAUAACCAAAAAGUUCAGUUUGGAGAAGCAAUGGGUAGAGUUUUAACUUCAACAGAAUAGUUUUAACUGUCUACAGACAUUAAAAUAAAAUAACAAACUGAUGGAAUUUAAUAAUCUAAGUUAUUUGUAACUUUAAUACCAAAUGAUAUUGUAAGGUCAUAUUUUUUGGAGUAUUAAGAGAUUAAUUAGAUUGCAGAUUUCUCAAUCAGUUAAAAUUCUAAAAAUGUUAAUUAUGCUAUUAACUUUUUUUUAUUUUGUUAUCUUUUUGUUAUUGUCUAGUGAUUUUCUGUGAUAUAAUUUUCAGGUUUAACCUGCAACAAAUUCUGAGUUGUUUUAUUUUGUAAAUAAUUAUAAAUGCAACAUAUUGUAUAAUAUGAGGUACAGAUAUUUGUGAAAAUCAAAGUAUGACUGAAAACAUAUAUAUCAGCAGUCCUCGAAUGUGCACAUAUUUAUAUGCUUUACUACUAAUUGUUACUCCCAAAAUACAAUGUGUAGUAAAUAGAUG